AUGGCUGUAUGUGAUUGGGACAUGUGCUUCACAUUUGUAUGGCCUGGGUGGGAAGGUACUCCACAUGAUGCUAGAAUAUUUGAUCAGGCACUUAGAAGGCAAAACCUUAACUUUCCUCAUCCUCCAUCAGGUAAAUAUUAUUUAGUUGAUUCAGGCUAUCCAACAGAUUUCAAGCGCAACUCUAGUUUUAGAGAUCCAAAUGAAGCAUUCAAUUUUUUCACUCCAGUCUUCGAUAUUCAUCUUGUUACAACUACCAUGGCUAUACAUAAUUUCAUCCGACGACGUUCUUCUACUGAUAAGGAAUUCAACUAUUAUGCUAAUGAAGACAUUACUGCAGAGAUUGAGGAAGGAUAUGGGCCUUCUGGUAUUCCUUUAGAAAUGCAAGACAAGUCUACUACUAUUAUGGAGGCGUUGCGUGAUAGAAUUAGAGAUGAAACUGUUGAGAAAUAUUAUCAUGUGUGA